CUCUACGCUCAGAACAACACCAAGCGCAGCAUUAAAGAGCGUCUCAUGAAGCUCUUGCCCUGCUCAGCUGCCAAAACAUCGUCUCCUGCUAUUCAAAACAGCGUGGAAGAUGAACUGGAGAUGGCCACCGUCAGGCAUCGGCCUGAGGCCCUCGAGCUUCUGGAAGCCCAGAGCAAAUUUACCAAGAAAGAGCUUCAGAUUCUUUACAGAGGAUUUAAGAAUGAAUGCCCCAGCGGUGUUGUUAAUGAAGAAACCUUCAAAGAGAUUUACUCGCAGUUCUUUCCACAGGGAGACUCAACAACAUAUGCACAUUUUCUGUUCAAUGCAUUUGAUACGGACCACAAUGGAGCUGUGAGUUUCGAGGAUUUCAUCAAAGGUCUUUCUAUUUUGCUUCGGGGGACAGUACAAGAAAAACUCAACUGGGCAUUUAAUUUGUAUGACAUAAAUAAAGAUGGCUAUAUCACUAAAGAGGAAAUGCUUGACAUCAUGAAAGCAAUAUACGACAUGAUGGGUAAAUGCACAUAUCCUGUCCUCAAAGAAGAUGCUCCCAGACAACAUGUGGAAACAUUUUUCCAGAAAAUGGACAAAAAUAAAGAUGGGGUCGUUACCAUAGAUGAGUUCAUCGAAAGUUGCCAAAAAGAUGAAAACAUAAUGCGCUCCAUGCAGCUCUUUGAAAAUGUGAUUUAACUUGUGAAAUAGAUCCUCAAUCCAACACACAAUGUGAACUAUUCUACCACAUAAAGUUGGAGCUACCACUUUUAGCAUAGAUUGCUCAGCUUUACACUGAAGCAUAUUAUGCAAACAAGCUUUGUUUUAAUAUAAAGCCAUCCCCAAAAGAUUUGAGUUUCCCAGUUAUAAAUUUGCAUCCUUUUCAUGAUGUCACUGAGUUCAUGGGAUGUUCUAACUCAUUUCAUACUCUGUGAAUAUUCAAAAGUAAUAGAAUCUGGCAUAUAGUUUUACUGAUUCUUUAGCCAUGGGAUUAUUGAGGCUUUCCCAUAUCAGUGAUUUUAAAAUGUGUUUUUUGCUACUCAUUUGUAUGUAUUCAGUCUUAGGAUUUUAAAUGGUUUUCUAAAAUAUUGACAUCUGCAUUUAAUUUCCAGAUAUUAAUUUUCAUGUUUGUAUGUGUAAUUCCAUUUAUAUACUUUAAGUAAACAAAAUUACUAUGAUUAACACAUACACACACACACACACACACACACACACACAGUCUCAGUUUCUAUAGAUUUGCCACUUUCUGUUAGACAUUAAUUUAUCUGGCAUUUUAAAGUAACAUUUAACAAAUUAGUUUAUUACCAGAUAUCAGCAUAUGCCUAAUAAAGCUUAUUUUAAUAAGCAUUUCUUAAUUUUCCAUAAUACAUAUUAUAGCUAAGGCCUAUAUAAUAUGUAUAAUUUUGGAUCUGAUCAAUCUUACAGGCUGUUUUCUACUGUGUUAUUAAGUGGAAGUUCGAGAAGGUAUGAAACAAAACAAGUAUGUUUACAGACAUAUGCAAAGGUUCAGGAUCUGUCCUCCAGUCCACAGUAAUGCUUAAUAACAAGGACUCCUAACAGCUUCAAAGGCCAAUUCAGUUCCUUUCCCUGACUUCCUCACAGCAUGUUUUUAUUACAAGCCAUUCAGGGACAAAGAAACCUUGACUGCCCCCAAUGCCUACUAGGGACAAACAACAAGCAGAAUUCACUUUAAAGGCACCAGUGAUUCCAUUGAAAACUACUACCAAGAUUUAGUAGAAAAUGAAUGUAAGUGCUGAACAACUCAUCUGGAUUAUAGUAUGAUUCGUCAUUACUCCAACAAUUCAGAUUCUUUUUAAUGAUCUUGAGCAAAAACUAUAAGGUUGCCACAUACUAAACAUCUUCCCUGUUUUGUAGAAAUAUCACGAAGACCAAGAGGCUACAGUAGGAGGAAAUUAGCAACUGUCUUUGCAACAAUAAAUCAGGUAUCUAUUCUGGUGUAGAGAUAGGAUGUUGAAAGCUGCCCUGCUAUCACCAGUGUAGAAAUUAAGAGUAGUACAAUACAUGUACACUGAAAUUUGCCAUCGCGUGUUUGUGUAAACUCAAUGUGCACAUUUUGUAUUUCAAAAAGAAAAAAAUAAAAGCAAAUAAAAUGUUUAUAACUCUA